UAACUGAUUGACCUCUGUUUCUCUCCUAUUCAGGUAAAUGAAGAUAAAUUCCGUGUGAAGUCAAUGAAUGAGGCAAAUCACACAUGGGUGACGGAAUUUGUGUUGCUGGGACUCUCUAGUUCCAAGGAGCUCCAACUUUUAUUCUUUGUCAUAUUUUCUCUAUUCUACCUAGCAAUACUGCUGGGCAACCUUCUCAUUAUCCUCACUGUGAUCUCAGAUUCCCGCCUCCAUACCCCCAUGUAUUUUUUGCUUGCAAAUCUCUCCUUUACAGAUACAUGUGUUGCCUCUUUUGCUACCCCAAAAAUGAUUGCAGACUUGUUAGUUGAGCACAAGACUAUUUCUUUUGAAGCCUGCAUGGCCCAGAUUUUCUGUAUUCACCUCUUUGGUGGUAGUGAAAUGGUGCUCCUUGUAUCCAUGGCUUAUGACCGGUACGUUGCUAUAUGCAAACCUCUCUACUACAUGAGAGUCAUGAGUUGGCAUGUGUGUAUUACACUGGUCCUCAUCCCAUGGUCUAUUGGCUUUAUUCAUACUACCAGCCAGUUGGCAUUUACUGUUAACUUGCCUUUUUGUGGCCCUAAUCAGGUAGACAGUUUUUACUGUGACCUCCCCCUAGUGACUAAGCUGGCCUGCGUAGACACGUAUGUUGUCAGUUUACUAAUUGUUGCAAACAGUGGCUUUCUUUCUAUGAGUUCCUUUCUCUUCUUAGUUGUCUCCUACACUGUGAUACUUAACACAGUUAGGAAUCGCUCCUCUGCUAGCAUGGCAAAGGCCCACUCCACAUUGACUGCUCAUAUCACUGUGGUCAUGCUGUUCUUUGGACCAUGCAUCUUCAUAUAUGUGUGGCCCUUCAGUCGUUACUCAGUUGAGAAAGUCCUUGCUGUGUUCUACACCAUAUUUACUCCCAUUUUAAACCCAGUUAUCUACACUCUAAGGAAUAAGGAAAUGAAGGCAGCUAUGGCAAAACUGAGGAGUCACUAUCUGAAGCCAGGCCAAGUUACUGCAGUCAUAAGAGAUGCUCUUUUCUUGGAAACAAAGUAA